GCGGCCGCUACCCGGCAACCAAGCCCGCGCGAGCCGCCACCACCGCGCACGAAGGCUAGUCACACACCACAACAAGACUACACCUGUGCUAUACCCAGUGGGACGGAGCACGGCCGCACCAGCACGGGAUGCUGGCUACCACACAAACAGAGUUCAAGCGGGACCACACAACCUAGUUCCCGCUCACCAUACUUAUGACAAGAUACAAUAAUAAAAUUGUGAUUUAGCUACACACUGUACCAAAUGAUGCGUCCAAAUUUUUGAAAUUAGCUUUAGGUAGUGAUGCGUUAGUAUAGUCAGGUUGUGAUGUUAGGGAUUAAAAACAUGUGGGCCGUCCGGAUGAGUGUGUGCCGGACGGAGUGAAUGGUGUCCGGAGGGGGAUGGGUGUGUGAGCGAGAGCGAUGGCGGCCGUGGCCGGCUUGUACGGACUGGGCGACGAGCAGCGCGCUCGCCACCGCCGCGGUCAGGCCAACGCCGAGCGCUCCGAGUCCAGGGACGACAACACCGAAGCGUCACUGCCAAAACUGUGCAGUCAGGAAGAGGAGCCGGGGAAGCCACCCCAGGGAGGAGUCGUCACCUUCGAGCCCAUACAGCACGACCACGACUUCUGCGAACGCGUCGUCAUCAACGUCAGCGGCCUGAAGUUCGAGACUCAACUGCGUACACUGAACCAAUUCCCAGAAACGCUUCUGGGCGACCCCGCCCGGAGAAUACGUUAUUUCGACCCGUUGAGGAACGAGUACUUCUUCGAUCGGAACCGCCCAUCUUUCGACGCCAUCCUGUAUUACUACCAGAGCGGCGGGCGCCUCCGGCGGCCCGUUAACGUGCCCCUCGACGUGUUCUCCGAAGAGAUUAAGUUCUACGAGCUGGGGGAGCAGGCUACCAACAAGUUCCGUGAGGAUGAAGGAUUCAUAAAGGAAGAAGAGAAGCCCCUGCCCUCCAACGAGCGCCAGCGCAAAAUCUGGCUGCUCUUCGAGUACCCCGAGAGCUCCCAAGCCGCUCGCGUCGUGGCCAUCAUCUCCGUCUUCGUCAUCCUGCUGUCCAUCGUCAUCUUCUGCCUCGAGACCCUGCCGGAGUUCAAGCACUACAAGGUGUUCAACACCACCACCAACGGCACCAAGAUCGAGGAGGAUGAGGUCCCCGACAUCACCGACCCGUUCUUCCUGAUCGAGACCCUCUGCAUCAUCUGGUUCACCUUCGAGUUGAUAGUGCGGUUCUUGGCAUGUCCGAAUAAAUUUAACUUUUUCCGCGACGUGAUGAACAUUAUCGAUAUUAUCGCGAUUAUUCCCUACUUCAUCACGUUGGCUACCGUCGUUGCGGAAGAAGAGGACACGCUGAACCUGCCCCGAGCCCCGGUCUCCCCUCAAGACAAGUCCACCAACCAAGCCAUGAGCCUCGCCAUCCUGCGUGUCAUCCGUCUGGUGCGCGUGUUCCGAAUCUUCAAACUGUCACGUCACUCCAAGGGCUUACAGAUCCUCGGUCGCACCCUCAAGGCAUCCAUGCGUGAACUGGGACUGCUGAUAUUCUUCUUGUUCAUCGGUGUCGUCCUGUUUUCCUCCGCGGUGUACUUCGCUGAGGCCGGAAGUGAGAACAGCUUCUUCAAAUCCAUACCAGAUGCGUUUUGGUGGGCGGUCGUGACAAUGACGACCGUAGGCUAUGGAGAUAUGACACCGGUGGGAGUGUGGGGCAAGAUUGUGGGUUCGCUGUGCGCCAUCGCCGGCGUGCUCACCAUCGCGCUCCCCGUGCCCGUCAUCGUAUCCAACUUCAAUUACUUCUACCACCGCGAGACCGACCAAGAGGAAAUGCAGUCACAGAACUUCAACCACGUCACCAGCUGCCCUUACCUUCCUGGCACGAUGGGCGAGCCCUACCUGAGUGGAAAGGACGAUGAGAAGGACGACGUCUACAGUGACCAAUGACUAUACAUAGUGUUGUUUUGUUUGUAGUAAGGACUACUAGUCGGCAGAGACGAUGUUUGUGAUAUUAAGAGUAAGAGACAAAGUGCAACGUGCUUAUGUAAAUAUUAGUUUAAGUGAUGUAAAGAUAAAAUAAAUUGUUAUCUAUUACUUUUAGAUAUGUUUGAGUGGCAGUGUUUUAUAGUCUCGGUGGGUGGAGACGGUUUUGAAAUUAGUAAAUAUUAGACACAUCCAGACAGAAA